UCAUUGUAAUGUUUGGUAACACUAGCUAGCUACUCCUUAAACAGGCUGUAACCACUGUCUCAUUAGUGUUGUCCUAUAAUUAACUUAUUCCAGGUGUCAACAUUAAGAUAAAUCCAAUUCAGAAGCAACUGCAUAUUCUUUAAGUGUGAAUUUAAUUUUUACAGUAUAAUCAGUUUUUCAGCAAAUACAUACCAAUAUCAUUUUAUUUUUCAUCAGAGGAGAGAGCUGGUAUACACAAUAAGGAGCAAAGAGACACGAGUCAGACACACAAUGGAUGACACAUGAAGAUUUAUUAAUACUAACACACAUUUCAAGAGGACAUUGGUGUAGCUCAAGAGCUUAGCAAGCAACUAAGUCGAAAAAUAAAAUAAUUAAUACAAAUGACCAUAAGUGAAGAAAAUAAGCAAAACACAGAUCAUAUUGAUCACAGAUUAUAAAGUGAAUCAUCCAGAUCAACACUGAAAUGUCUCUGCCAAAGAUCACACGUCUCCCUUCACUGAGGCUGCUGAGCUCCAUCCACCAGCAGCAGCUGCUCCUCCCCUCCAUCACCCCCCUCACUGUGCCCAGAAGAGCUGUGAUCCAGGGUGAAUACCGACGGCCCGGACAGCCCAAAGAAGACAAGUUUCCAUGGCAGAAGAUUAAGUUUGACUUAACGAAGGGUUUGGAGGGAAUAAAGAAGCAUUUCACGCUGCUGAAAUCGGAGUUCUCUGACCGCUGGGUCGGUCCAGAAGGAAAACCAAUAGUUGAGCACAUGCUGGAGCAGAACAGAGUGGUGUGGGAGUUCAGAGGUCCAGAGAGCCUGGAGCAGUGGACGGUGUCCUCAGACCGUGAGAUAGGAGGACAGAGUGAAGUUUACUUGAAGCUCGGCAAAAACAAUAAUACCUGUUUUCUGUACGGGACUCUGAGCUCAACUCCUCCAAGAGACGGAGAAACACGCUACAGUGGAUACUGCACCAUGCGUUCAAAACAAGCACUGGCUUCAUUUGAUAGGAAGAUGCACUACGACUGGUCCAGCUUCAACACCCUGCACCUGCGUGUACGCGGUGAUGGCCGUCCAUGGAUGAUCAACAUCGCAGCAGAGACGUACUUCUCUCACCAGAAAGACGACAUGUACGGUUACUUUCUGUAUACCAGAGGAGGACCCUACUGGCAGGACGUCAAGAUCCCUUUCUCCAAGUUCUUCCUUUCACAUCGUGGGAGGAUACAAGAUGAUCAGCAUCCUCUCUGGCUGGACAAGAUUAACACCAUUGGAUUUACCCUGGGAGAUAAAGCAGACGGUGCGUUCCAGCUGGAGAUUGAUUUCAUCGGCGUCUGCAAAGAUUACGCUCACACUGAGGAGUUCGCCUACGAGGUUUACAAGAGGAAUCCUGAAGUUUGAACGCAGCUCUUACGACACUGCAGAUGAACUGAGAGCUGCACUCCUACCAAACAAAGUACUGGGACACAUCACUGUCAUACAUGACUCCUCUGUAUGAGUCUGUUAAAGGUGGUCACCUGUAACUGAGUAACUGAGUCAAACAUUUGUUGUACGGUAAGAAGGAGGUUCUUCAUCCAAGAGGACAAACUGAUACUUGGAGCUUGCUGAAGAUAAAACAGUAGGACAGGACAUUAACUGAGGCAGUUGCUGCUCCAUUCACAGCAAAAUCAAGUGGUUUCCAAUUCCUGUAUUUGUGACAUGUUCCAUUAACAAUAAAAAUAUUU